CCCGAGCCCGAGCGCCUCCGGGCGCGCCUGCCGCGGCCGAUGGCGGUAGAUAUUCAGCCAGCAUGCCUUGGACUUUAUUGUGGGAAGACCCUGUUAUCUAAAAAUGGCUCAACUGAAAUAUAUGGAGAGUGUGGUUCCAGUGCACUUUUCCAGCACAUCACAGCAUUAUUUGAAUGCAGUAUGGCAGCUAUUAUCACCUUACUUGUGAGUGAUCCAGUUGGUGUUCUCUAUAUCCAUUCAUGUCGCGUACUGAUGCUUUCUGAUUGGUACACAAUGCUUUACAACCCAAGUCCAGAUUACAUCACCACAGUGCACUGUACUCAUGAAGCUGUCUACCCACUGUACACCAUUGUAUUUAUCUAUUAUGCAUUCUGCUUGGUAUUAAUGAUGCUGCUCCGACCUCUUCUGGUAAAGAAGAUUGCCUGUGGGUUAGGGAAGUCUGAUCGAUUUAAAAGUGUUUAUGCUGCACUUUACUUCUUCCCAAUUUUAACCAUACUUCAAGCAGUUGGUGGAGGCCUUUUAUAUUAUGCCUUCCCCUACAUUAUAUUAGUAUUGUCUUUGGUUACUCUGGCUGUGUACAUGUCGGCUUCUGAAAUAGAGAACUGCUAUGAUCUUCUGGUCAGAAAGAAGAGACUUAUUGUUCUCUUUAGCCACUGGCUGCUCCAUGCCUAUGGAAUAAUCUCCAUUACCAGAGUGGAUAAACUCGAGCAAGAUUUACCACUUUUGGCUUUGGUACCCACACCAGCACUCUUUUACUUGUUCACUGCAAAAUUUACUGAACCUUCACGGAUACUCUCAGAAGGAGCCAAUGGACACUGAAUAUAAAAUGCCAAAAAAAAAAAAAAAAGAAAACCCACCUCAGAGGUGUUCUAGUAAAUAGAGAAAUGAAGUAUAUAAGUAAGCUUCUGUCAUACAUGGGAAUAAGAGCAUUUCUCAAUGUUUUGUUAUUGGACUCAACAGACUAUGUUUUAACUGUUAAUAAAAAUAACAGGAAUUUCAGACAUUUCUCUAAGUCUGAAAUUACAUAGUAUAAUACACUACACAAUUAGAAAGCAUUGUUAUACUAGAGGCCUGUUAGGAAGCACUCACCUCUGCAACAAUUCAGUUUUCUUUAGGGGAAAAUCAUGUUCUUGUGUACCUAGAGAUGUGUGGUUUCCAUUUCUAUUAAGAAAAACCGAGCAUAUAACCUGAAAUCCUUAGCAUUGGCAUAGUUGUGUAUACCUUUCAGUUAUAAUGUAUUAUAAGGACAAAUAUUUGUGGGGUCUG